GUCUCUGUAGAUCUCCUGCACGUCGAUCCUUAACCUAAAACUAGUCUAUUUUAAUAGGCGCGUCAAAUAUCCAAAAUAUUGACUGUUUGACAACGCGGUGUCUAAUUGUAGGUACAAGAGACAUCAAAUCAAUAAGGAAAAAAAAUAGUCUAUUUAACAAGACAAGUAUCAGUAUUUGUUAGAGAAGAGUUAAAAGAGUGAAGGAAGCGAAAAUGAGCGUAAACGAGGAUUGGGACGUGGAACAGUACAAAGUGGAACACGAGUCUGAUGAACACUGGGAAUUGAGGCGAAAAUUUUUGCUAGCGCACAAAGACAAGUUUUCAGAGGACACACUUGUUUGUUUGGCUCAAGUGUUUGUUAACGUUGAAUUGUUAGGAUGCAGAUAUCCAGAAGAAACAAUGGAUUUAGUGAAGGAUCUAUCAGAAGACGUCGCAGCUGAAUACAGAGAGAAACAAAAGACAAAAUUACAAAGAACGUUUGUAGCAGCAUCAGAAGCAGCUAGUUCGAAGAUUAAAGGACGCACUAGUCAACCAUCGACUGUCACAGAAAAGCAUGUACCGAACACUUCGAAAUAUAUGCCAAACCCAGCCAAUCAGUCUUGUAGAAAGCUGAACACUGAGGAACCACCUUCUAAAAGACUGAACACUGAGGAACGACCUUCUAAAAGACGAAAGAUCAAUGUUACAUCAUGCGGGGAUCACUCGUAUGGAGACAUUAUUCUGUGGGAAAGACCGGGUGACGUACCACAAAGUAUACUGAACACUUCAGCUAAUAUAUCGGGUGCUAAUCUAAAAUGGGAGUACGGUCAGAAACAAGGAGUUUGGGAGUGUGUCAUUUAUCUCAAUUCAAAGAGAUUGGCAAGUUGCACCAGUUUCAAUAAGAAAAUUGCAAAGAAUGACACAGCUAGGGACGCAUUAAACGAAUUACGAAAGCGUUAUUACACUAUUAAGGUUAAACCAAGCACGGAUGCAACAUCAAAUGUAACGGUAACGACAAAGGAGAUAAAGCCGGAGGCGACUGUUCACGACGACGAACGGAAAGAAUCCAAUGGCAUCGGGGAAAAAAUGAUGAAGAUGAUGGGUUGGAUGGGUGGUGGUCUUGGAAAGUCGGAACAGGGUGUUGUCGAGCCUAUGUCCACGACACUUGAACCUCAGGUAAGCCGAAAAGGUCUCGGCUUGAAAUCGGGUUCUUGCACAGCACACGAAGUGAAAGCCAAAUGCCAAAAGCUGUUUAGAGAUUUCCUAAGGACCGAUAUGCAAAACGAUAUUGUGUUUCUGGACUUUACUAACGAUGAGAGACAAGUGAUUCACCAAAUCGCACGGACGAUGGACCUCAAGUCACGCAGUUACGGCCCCACAGAUAAGCGGAAACUGAUAGUCUCGCGUAAAAUCGAUGCCCGUACCUUGCUCCGCGAACUGAAAAGUCUCGGUGGAGCGACAGAAAAAUACGAGUUAGUGGAACCAGCCGGCAACAAGCUCACUCCAUCGUCCACCUCAACAAGCAGUUAGACAUGAUAGAGAGAAACGUGCAAACACAUGUGUUCACAAUAAUAUUUUCUGUAAGUGUCUAUUACGCUGUAACGAUUUAGAAUUUUGUAUAAAGAAACGAUAUUUUCUCGAGA